AUGUCUGAAAUCAUUAUCAAAAACGAAGAUUUGGCAAGCCUUAAGGGCAAGGUUGUCAUUGUGACAGGCGGUUCCUCAGGAAUUGGUCUCGCAACCAUCGACCUCCUCUUAUCUCUCGGAGCCUCCGUCGUCAGCGCAGACAUCAACCCUCCACCCACCCCAAUCUCUUCCCCCUCAUUCCUAUUCGUCCAAACAAACGUAGCCAUCUGGUCUUCCCUCGCUGCCCUCUUCAAAGCCGCUGUCGAGAAAUUCUCCCACAUCGACUAUGUAUUCGCCAACGCUGGAAUCGGUCCUCGAGGAAACUAUAUUGCCCUCGACACUGACGAGAAUGGAGAUCUCAAGGAGCCAGUCCAUGAAGUCUUGGAAGUGAACUUCAAGAGUGUAGUCAACACCGCUUGUUUAGCAAUCCACUAUUUGAAGCAAAAUGCCCAGGGAGGAAACAUCGUACUCAUGGGAUCGAGUACUGGAUUACAACCUUUGAGAGCACCAGAUUACUCCGCAGCCAAAGCAGGAGUCCUCGGUUUCGGCCGCUCAAUCCAACGAACCAUCAAAGCAGCAAAACUCCCCAUUCGAGUCAACACCCUCGCACCAUCCUGGACUUCCACCCAGGUUUUGCCUGAUCUCGAUGGUAUCAUGGCUGCCAUCUCCCACAAGGCGCAAUCUUGUGAUGUUGUAGCUAGAAGCGCAGCAUUCUUGAUGACUACAACUGAUAGAGAAGGAGAUAUCUUAUACGUAUCUGACGGACGUAUCACAGAGAUCGAGCAGAGUAUCUUGGCUCCAGCCUACGCGGCUAUCAAGGGUGAUGGACCAAGUGACGAUGAGAUUUUGGAGCGAAUUUUUGGUUUGGGUGCAUAA